GGCUCUGCGGGAAGGGUGGCGGAGGACGGCUCGUUCCGCAUCACAGUGGUCACCUGGAACGUGGGCACAGCUAUGCCCCCAAACGAUGUGACAUCCCUGCUUCAUCUCAACACAGGCACGACGAAUGAUGCAGACAUGAUCGCCAUUGGGCUGCAAGAGGUGAACUCCAAGUUAAACAAGCGCCUGAAGGAUGCCCUGUUCACAGAUCAGUGGAGCGAGCUCUUCAUGGACGUUCUGAGCCCAUUCCACUUUGUCCUGGUCAGCACGGUACGAAUGCAAGGCUUGUUCCUGCUGAUAUUUGCCAAGUACUACCACCUCCCCUUCCUGCAGGACAUCCAGACAGAUUGCACCAGGACAGGGCUGGGCGGCUGCUGGGGCAACAAGGGUGGGGUGAGCAUCCGGCUCUCCAUCUUCGGCCACAUGGUCUGCUUCCUGAACUGCCACCUGCCAGCGCACCUGGAGAAGGCAGAGCAGCGCAAGCAGGACUUCGCCACUAUACUGCACAUGCAGCAGUUCGAGGGGCAUACGGCCAGCAGCAUCCUGGACCAUGACCUUGUGUUCUGGUUUGGGGACCUCAACUUCCGCAUUGAGAGCCUUGACAUCCGCUUUGUGAAAUAUGCCAUUGACAGCAACAUCUUAAGUCAGCUUUGGGAGAAGGACCAGCUAAAUAUUGCCAAGAACACCUGGUCUGUCCUGAGUGGCUUUGAGGAGGGACCUCUGAACUUCCCACCCACAUUCAAGUUUGACGUGGGCACCAACAAGUAUGACAGCAGUGUCAAGAAGCGAAAGCCGGCUUGGACUGACCGCAUCCUCUGGAAGAUCAAGUCUCCCAGCGCUGGGCCAGGUGUGGCUGGGUGCCAGCCUGGCUGGGGUGGCCUGUCGGUGAGCCAGCUCUGCUACUGCAGCCACAUGGAGUACACUGUGAGUGACCACAAACCUGUGGCUGCCAUCUUUGCAGUGCAGUUUGCUUCCAAGGCAGACAACCCCCCAGUUGAGAUCUAUGUGGCUGAUGAGUGGAGCAGGCCUGAGGAAGCUGUUGUCAGGUACAAGAUGGCUGCUGACUUCCACCGGAGCUCCUGGGACUGGAUAGGCCUCUACCAGGUGGGUUUUCGGCAUCCCAAAGACUAUGUGUCCUAUGUCUGGGCCAGGAGUGAUGAUGAAGACUGCUGCAUGGAGAAGCAAGUCUGUGCACAGGUGGUGUUCUCAGAGGAGGCGCUGCCCAAGGGGAGAGGCGAGUACAUCCUGGGAUACUACAGCAACAACUCCAGCAGCAUCGCUGGCGUGACGGAGCCCUUCCAGAUCUCCCUGUCCAGGUCAGAGGAGGGCUCUGAAGAAGAAGAUGACAGCACGCUGGUCCUGUUGGCCUCUAAAUCCCGAAGUCCCAGCCCAGGCAAGAUGAAACAGCACCGGAGCCGAAGCCCUACCUUGGCCAAGUUCCAGGGCCUCAUCCUACGGCCGUCAAGCCGGGAGCGGGGCACCAGCCGCAGCCCCUCACCCCAAAGCCGCCGGGGCCUCACAGGGCACAUCCCUGCCAUCCACCUGCCCAAGCCGGAGCCAGGGUGCUGUGGGGCCAAAGCCAAGGAACCAGGGCAAGCAGCCGAGUAUCAGGAGGGCAGCUCGGGCUCCUUCUACCAGACUGCAUGGGAGCAAUGCGGCCUGUGGCAUGUCUCUGCUGACAACUUCUUGGCCAGGGCUGAUCCCAGGAACCUGGGCCUGCUGCCUGCGCUCCGUUUGGAGACAGUUGACCAGACCACAGGCCAUCGGAGAGAGAGUGUGGACCAAGGCUACCCCUGCAGGAAGAUGAGCCUCACCGGGGACCCAUGCAGCACCUCCCCAAGGGAGGACCAGGCCCCAAGAGUUGGGCAGCCAUAAUCAUGCCAUGGGACACUAAUUCAGCAGCCCCACCAUUCACGUAAGGUGCUUGCUGUGUGCUUUUCUCUACCACUUUCCUGCCGAAACAUCCUCUCCCUUAUUUAUUGCAGUGAAUAACCCUCUGUACCUGUAACCUGUUGUAUACCCGGCUUAUAGAAGUCUGUCCCUGGCCCCCACUGCCUGAGCUGCUGCCCUGGUCGUGGAGGAGCUGUGAGGUAGCACAGCUGGGACAUAAGGGACAGGAAGAAAGUCUGGUGCUGCAGUGGGGGUGGCUGGGAGAAGCCAUUCAUGAAAUUCAAAGGCAAGUCAGGGCAAAACACAUCCAGGCCAAGGCACUUCAGUCCUGCUGGAGGAGCACUGGCCUCCCAUCUGCUCCAGAUGUGGAGGUAGGACUAUCCUAGGCCAUUGGGUUGGUGUAGGUACUUGGAAGAUCAAAGCUUGCACCUCCCCUGCUCCUACCACUGUGCCUCAACCUUAGACAUACUGCAAGUAACAAAAUAAACCAUCCUGCUGUCCCUGUC